AUUUUUGUCAGCUGAUUCACGCUGUCACGAGUUCGGGAUGAAUUUUUAAAACAGAAAUGCGAAACAAGUGAAUGGAGGCUUUGGAUUGUUCAUAAUAUGGAAGGCGCUUUAUAGUAACGGGGGAAAUAUACUAUAUUCUGUUAUCUACAGGACAGUAGAUAUUCAGUUCAGUUAUUUUUGUACUAUGUGCAUAGGAAUUGUGUUCAGUUCAAUCCUAUUUUGGGUUUUUCUCUGAGAACAGGGUAUUAUUAAGUUAUCUGUUAGAUGGUGUAUAAUUAUAUUUCUACUCAUUUUUUGUUAGCUACAAUAUACCGGUGGACUCUAUGCAGCAAUACCAAUAACUAAAGAAUGUGAAUAUUUGCAGCAAUAGGGGGUGAAGUUUGUCAUAGGUAGGGAGAUAUAUUGCUACCAGUUUGCUCGAUUUCGUUUCGACAACGUCCGUUUGUUUGUAAUACAAACAUGUCUGGACCAAACGGCGAUCCAAACAUAUCGAUCGACGAGGAUGUGGAUGAAGAUGAAUUCAACGACGAAGUUAGCGUCCAUGUAUAUCCUCCUACGCUUCCAGAAUACGCCGCCAUCAACUCCAUGCUGGACCAGAUAAACUCUUGCCUCGACGACCUGGAGGAGCGCAAUGACGCCCUGAACGGCAAACUGCACGAGCUGCUGGAGUCCAAUCGGCAGGCGAGGCGCGAGUUCCGGGAGCAGCUGACCGGAGCCUCCGCGGGGGCAGAGGAGCCCCCCAAAGAGCCCCCAGAGGAGCCCACUGCUCCUUCCGAGGGGGACCCGGAGCGGCUCUGAUUCUGACUUGCACUAAAAUUUACCUCUGGUCUAUUGAUUGUUUUAUGUCGUGCAAUACCCUGUCAUUCAUCUGUCCUCCCAAUGCUUGUGUCUUUAGAAAUGCUUUUACUGUCUUGAUGACUUGGGGUAAGAGCCAUACGUCUCUCCCCAAAGAUCUACAAGACCUUGUUACAGCGUCUCUGCUGUGGAUGACAUUCAGUUGUUAUUCCUGCACAAUGAAAGCUGAGCCAGACAUUUCUCAACAAUAACAUGGGCAUAACAUGCUGCCUGCUUUACGAAAUCCAAAUUUGUAUGGUGUCAGGCUCCUUGAUAUACGGGAACGUUAAAAUCUCAUCCCGACUACUUUUCACAUUCCUUCAUGGUUUGCAACUGUUGUAUCAUGUAAUACCUAAAAUAUAGUGAAUUAUUUAAAAAGUU